AUGGUUUCCCCAGACCCCCAAAUUAUCGUGGUGGCCCCCGAGACUGAACUCGCGUCUAUGCAAGUCCAACGCACUGAGGACGGGGUAACCAUUAUCCAGAUAUUUUGGGUGGGCCGCAGAGGCGAGCUACUUAGACGCAUCCCGGUGAGCUCGGCCAUGCAGAUACCAAUGGGAAUCCCAAUGGGGAAGUCGAUGCUGGUGCUUCUCACCUUCUUGGCCUUCGCCUCGUGCUGCAUUGCUGCUUACCGCCCCAGUGAGACCCUGUGCGGCGGGGAGCUGGUGGACACCCUCCAGUUCGUCUGUGGGGACCGCGGCUUCUACUUCAGACUUCCAGGCAGGCCCGCAAGCCGUGUGAGCCGUCGCAGCCGUGGCAUCGUUGAGGAGUGCUGUUUCCGCAGCUGUGACCUGGCCCUCCUGGAGACGUACUGUGCUACCCCCGCCAAGUCCGAGAGGGACGUGUCGACCCCUCCGACCGUGCUUCCGGACAACUUCCCCAGAUACCCCGUGGGCAAGUUCUUCCAAUAUGACACCUGGAAGCAGUCCACCCAGCGCCUGCGCAGGGGCCUGCCUGCCCUCCUGCGUGCCCGCCGGGGUCACGUGCUCGCCAAGGAGCUCGAGGCGUUCAGGGAGGCCAAGCGUCACCGUCCCCUGAUUGCUCUACCCACCCAAGACCCCACCCACGGGGGCACCCCCCCAGAGAUGGCCAGCAAUCGGAAGUGAGCAAAACUGCCGCGAGUCUGCAGCCCGGCGCCACCACCCUCCAGCCUCCUCCUGACCACGGAUGUUUCCAUCAGGUUCCAUCGCGAAAAUCUCUCGGUUCCACGUCCCCCUGGGGCUUCUCCUGACCCAGUCCCCGUGCCCCGCCUCCCCGAAACAGGCUACUCUCCUCGGCCCCCUCCAUCGGGCUGAGGAAGCAUCAUAGCAACAUCUUCAAACAUGUACAAAAUCGAUUGGCUUUAAACACCCUCCACACACCCUCCCCCCAAAUUAUCCCCAAUUAUCCCCACACAUAAAAAAUCAAAACAUUAAACUAACCCCCUUCCCCCACCCCACAACAACCCUCUUAAAACUAAUUGGCUUUUUAGAAACACCACAAAAGCUCAGAAAUUGGCUUUAAAAAAACAACCAACAAAAAAAAAAUCAAUUGGCUAAAAAAAAAAAAAAAAGUAUUAAAAACGAAUUGGCUGAGAAACAAUUGGCAAAAUAAAGGAAUUUGGCACUCCCCACCCCCCUCUUUCUCUUCUCCCUUGGACUUUGAGUCAAAUUGGCCUGGACUUGAGUCCCUGAACCAGCAAAGAGAAAAGAAGGGCCCCAGAAAUCACAGGUGGGCAUGUCGCUGCUACCGCCAUCUCCCUUCUCAUGGGAAUUUUCAGGGUAAACUGGCCAUCCGAAAAUAGCAACAACCCCGACUGGCUCCUCACUCCCUUUUCCAUCACUAAAAAUCACAGAGCAGUCACAGGGACCCGGUGAGACCAAAGGAGGGGAGGACAGAACAUGAAAACCAAAAUCCAUGCAAAUGAAAUGUAAUUGGCACGACCCUCACCCCCAAAUCUUACAUCUCAAUUCCCAUCCUAAAAAGCACUCAUACUUUAUGCAUCCCCGCAGCCACACGCACACAACACACAGCACACACAUGAACACAGCACACACACAAACACACAGCACACACACACACAGCGCACACACACGAGCACACAGCACACACACAAACACACAGCACACACACGCACACACAUCACACACACGCACACACAGCCCACACACGCGAACACAGCACACACAUGAACACAGCACACAGACAAACACACAGCACACACAUGCACACACAGCACACAUGCAUGCACAGCACACACAUGAACACAGCACACACAGCACACACGCACGCACAGCACACACACGAACACAGCACACACACGAACACAGCACACGCACGCACAGCACACACACGAACACAGCACACACACGAACACAGCACACACAGCACACACACACAGCACACACACACACAGCACACACAGCACACACAUGCACGCACAGCACAUACAUGAACACAGCACACACAGCACACGAACACGCAGCACACACACGUGCACACAUAAGCACCCACCUGCACGCACACACACACACACCCCCACACACAAUUGGAUGAAAACAAUAAGCAUAUCUAAGCAACUACGAUAUCUGUACGGAUCAGGCCAAAGUCCCUCUAAGAUUCUCCAAGCUGUUUUCAUGGUCUGAGCCCCCCUCCUGUUCCCAUCUCCACUGCCCCUCGGCCCUGUCUGUGCCCUGCCUCUCAGAGGAGGGGGCUCAGAUGGUGGGGCCUGAGUGUGCGGCCGGCAGCGUUUGGGAUGCGCCCGUAGGGUGGGCGGAGUGUGUCCCAGGCCUAAUUCCAUCUUUCCACCAUGAGAGAGGUGCCCUUGCGAGGCUGGCCUCCUUGGCGCCUGUCCCCACAGCCCCCGCAGUGUGAGCCACGAUGCUCCCCAUACCCCACCCAUUCCCGAUACACCUUACUGUGUGUUGGCCCAGCCAGAGUGAGGAAGGAGUUUGGCCACAUUGGAGAUGGCGGUAGCUGAGCAGACAUGCCCCCACGAGUAGCCUGACUCCCUCGUGUGCUCCUGGAAGGAAGAUCUUGGGGACCCCCCCACCGGAGCACACCUAGGGAUCAUCUUUGCCCGUCUCCUGGGGACCCCCCAAGAAAUGUGGGGUCCUCGGGGGCCGUGCACUGAUGCGGGGAGUGUGGGAAGUCUGGCGGUUGGAGGGGUGGGUGGGGGGCAGUGGGGGCUGGGUGGGGGGAACUCUGGGGUAGGAAGUGGUCCCGGGAGAUUUUGGAUGGAAAAGUCAGGAGGAUUGACAGCAGACUUGCCGAAUUACAUAGAGAAAUUAGGAACCCCCAAAUUUCAUGUCAAUUGAUCUAUUUCCCCUCUUUGUUUCUUGGGGCAUUUUUCCUUUUUUUUUUUUCGUUUUUUUUUUUUUACCCCUCCUUAGCUUUAUGCGCUCAGAAACCAAAUUAAACCCCCUCCCUAUGUAACAGGGGGGCAGUGACAAAAGCAAGAACGCACGAAGCCAGCCUGGAGACCACCACGUCCUGCCCCCCGCCAUUUAUCGCCCUGAUUGGAUUUUGUUUUACAUCUGUCCCUGUUGCUUGGGUUGAGUUGAGGGUGGAGUCUCCUGGGGGGCACUGGCCACUGAGCCCCCUUGGAGAAGUCAAAGGGAGUGGAGAAGGCCACUGUCCGACCUGGCUUCUGGGGACAGUGGCUGGUCCCCAGAAGUCCUGAGGGCGGAGGGGGGAGUGGGGCAGGGUCUCCUCAGGCGUCAGGAGGGUGCUCGGAGGCCACAGGAGGGGGCUCCCGGCUGGCCCGAGGCCAGCCGGAGCGGAAGGGGCUAGCUGGUGUGUAAACAGAGGGUUCCAUCAGGCUGGGGCAGGGUGGCCGCCUUCCGCACACUUGAGGAGCCCUCCCCUCUCCCUCGGUGACAUCUUGCCCGCCCCUCAGCACCCUGCCUUGUCUCCAGGAGGUCCGAAGCUCUCUGGGACCUCCUGGGGGCAAGGUGGGGUGAGGUCGGGGAGUAGGGAGGUCAGGCGGGUCUGAGCCCACAGAGCAGGAGAGCUGCCAGGUCUGCCCAUCGACCAGGUUGCUUGGGCCCCGGAGCCCACGGGUCUGGCGAUGCCGUAGCAGCCACCACCGCGGCGCCUAGGGCUGUGGCAGGGACUCGGCCUCUGGGAGGUUUACCUCGCCCCCACUUGUGCCCCCAGCUCAGCCCCCCUGCAUGCAGCCUGACUAGCAGUCUAGAGGCCCGAUGCUUCUGGGUCCUGGCGACGGGGCUGGCAUGACCCCGGGGGUCGUCCAUGCCAGCCCGCCUCAGUCGCAGAGGGUCCCUCGGCAAGCGCCCUGAGAGUGGGCCAUUCGGAACAUUGGACAGAAGCCCAAAGAGCCAAAUUGUCACAAUUGUAGAACCCACAUUGGCCUGAGAUCCAAAACACUUCGAGGCACCCCAAAUUACCUGCCCAUUCGUCAGGAUGCCCACCCACCCAGUGUUAUAUUCUGCCUCGCCGGAGUGGGUGUUCCCGGGGGCACUUGCCGACCAGCCCUUUGCGUCCCCAAGUUUGCAGCUCUCCCCUGGGCCACUAACCAUCCUGGCCCAGGCUGCCUGUCUGACCUCCGUGCCUAGUCGUGGCUCUCCAUCUUGUCUCCUCCCCGUGUCCCCAAUGUCUUCAGCGGGGGGCCCCCUCUUGGGUCCCCUCCUCUGCCAUCACCUGAAGACCCCCACGCCAAACACUGAAUGUCACCUGUGCCUGCCGCCUCAGUCCACCUUGCGGCCCGUGUUUGACUCAACUCAGCUCCUUUAACGCUAAUAUUUCUGGCAAAAUCCCAUGCUUGGGUUUUGUCUUUAACCCUGUAACGCUUGCAAUCCCAAUAAAGCAUUAAAAGUCA